AUGGCAUUAGCUUCUUCAGCCUCACAAGAAACUGGAUCUGGACACUCUACCUACUGCCGUAAACAGAAAUCUCUAGGUCUCCUAUGUUCCAAUUUCUUGAGCUUGUACAAUCGGGAUGGUAUAGAAACCAUUGGACUUGAUGAUGCUGCAGCCAAAUUAGGUGUGGAGAGGCGGCGGAUCUAUGAUAUUGUGAAUGUUUUGGAAAGCGUUGGUGUUCUUGCAAAGAAGGCAAAGAAUCGGUAUUCUUGGAAAGGAUUUGGAGCAAUACCUAGGACUUUACAGGAGCUAAAGGAAAAGGGAUUGAAGGAGAGUUGUGAUGCAUCUGACAACAGCAGCUAUGCAAAAAGUUUCGAUGAUGACGAGGAUGAGGGAUUUUCAAAUCUCACUACUUCAAGUCAGGAUAACAAAUCAAACCCUAGUUGUGUCCCUGGAAUCUCAAGGUCAUCUAAAACUGAAAACAGGAAAGAAAAAUCGUUGGGACUUCUUACCCAGAAUUUUGUCAAGCUUUUCCUUUGCUCUAACGUGAAUAUGAUCUCUCUGGAUGAGGCAGCAAAGGUAUUGCUUGGAGAUGGUCAGGAUCCCUCUAUGAUGAGAACAAAAGUUAGACGGCUUUAUGAUAUUGCAAAUGUGUUGUCCUCCAUGAAUUUCAUUGAGAAGAUCCAUCACCCUGAAACGAGGAAGCCUGCCUUCAGGUGGUUGGGGAUGCCAGGAAAAUCCGAAAGUACAUCUGCUGUUGCUUGGCUUCUUAAUGAGUCUAAGAAAAGGACAUUUGGGACCGAGCUCACAAAUGCCAAUAUUAAGAGGACCAAGGUGGUUUCAUCUAUUUGUGUGAAUCCAGACCAGGAUAUGAAGAUGCAAUUGCAAGCACAAGUAAAAUGUGAGACUUUGCAAAAUGAGGUUGAAAGGAGCAAUUUGGAGCAGGAUUCAAGACAGACUCCACAGAAUUACCAGUUCGGUCCUUUUGCUCCAGUCACGGUGGCCCAAGCUGGAGCUCCUGAGAAGAACAAAGAGAACCAAGUUCAUGAUUGGGAAAGUCUAGCCUCCACUUAUCGGCCACAAUAUCACAACCAAGCUUUGAGAGAUCUCUUUGCCCAUUAUGUGGAAGCUUGGAAGUCAUGGUACUCUGAAGUUGCGGGGAAGAAGCCAAUACAACUAAUGUCCUAA